AUGGGUGGGUCUAUGAAGCUAUCCACUGCAAGCAGAAGCACAGAACCUCAGGACGAGAGAAGCUUUGCCUACGAGGACUUCUUGUUCACAAUUUCGCUUCUCGAAAAUAUGGAGGUCGUAUUCGCUUUAGGCUCAAACGGCUCUGGUCAACUCGGCAUUGGCCAUAAAGAGGAUGUUUCCGUGCCAAAGCAGGUCCUUUUCCAUCCCGACCAGCCAGCCUCCCCAAUUGUGCAAGUCGCAGCUGGUGGAAACCAUACGCUACUACUUACGAAAGCUGGUCAGCUCUACUGGAGUGGUGACCCUACGCCUGGAGCUUGCGGUUUGACAUCUGGUCCUGAUGUUGCUGUUUUCCGAGAAAUCCAGCUUACCAAGAAUGGAGAGCCUCCAGUUGGCGAGAUCGCCCUGAUCACAGCGACAUGGGAAGCUUCUAUCAUUGUAGCCAAGGAUGCAGAUGGCAAGAACACACAGGUCUUUAGUUUUGGUGCAGGCUUGAAAGGCGAGCUUGGUCUGGGCGAACUCAUCGUUAGGACACCAUCAGCAACACGAACCCGAGAUUUUCCUCCUCCAGGCACGGAAGUUGUCGACUUGGCCGCCUGCAUGGGACAUGUUGUCGCAGUUCUCAAUAAUGGAGAAGCCUAUGGCUGGGGUAAUGCGAGAAAAUCUCAAGCUGGUGAACCGGGUCAAGUUCUUCACGCUCCCAGAAAGAUUGAGGGUCUCGAUUUCAAGGUCGCACGGGCUGUCUGUGGUAGAGAAUUCACCUGUCUAUUCGGCGACCCACAAAGUGGAAACCUCAAGGUUCUGGGUUCAGACAAAUGGAAAAUUCAAUCAGAUGCACCCGAGAUAUGUCCUGAGUGGAAAGAUGUAAGGGCUAGUUGGGGAAACAUCUUCAUCUUAGCAAAGGAUGGUUCUCUUCAGGCCUGGGGUCGAGACGAUCACGGACAACUUCCUCCCCCGAAUCUACCGGAGUUGGCCAAGAUUGCAGUUGGCAGUGAGCAUGUCGUUGCUCUUUCAACUACAGGCAAUGUACUAUCAUGGGGUUGGGGCGAGCACGGCAAUUGUGGACCUCAAGUUGAGAACAACGACGUCAAGGGACGAUGGAAUAUCAUUGCUUCGUCCAAAUUUAUUCCUCCGGGCUCUAAGAUAGGACACGUCGGGGCAGGAUGUGCCACCAGUUGGGUAUUCAUCACAGCAGAUUGA